GUUUCUUCUUGCUGGUUGGGAUGCUGUUUUUGAACUGUGAGGUAGUCUUCAUUUGUUAUAAGAAGAGCUGCUAUCUUGAUGCUGUGGAUUAGAAUUUCCCCGUCGUUUAGCCAUUUCUGCAAGCUUUUCUUUAUCUUGGAUUGAUGGUGGGCAAUGUCUCAUGUGCUAGAUUCUGGUUAUAGUUUUUGAUUUUCCAUGGUUCAGUUUCUAUUUUCUUAUGCAUUUAAAGUAAUGUUUGUUAGCUUCCCAUACUUUUGGGCUUUAGUCUCCGAGGAUUUUUGUUAUCCGUCGACUUAGUUUUUGAGAUUAUCUUGUUAAUCGUCAGCUUUAACUUUGUAAACUCUAUCUAUAAUCUAUCUUUCAGUAAAAAAAAAAUAAAAAAAAUUGAGAGAAACAUAAUUUAUGAGACAAAAAGAUAUUAAACAUACUCUGUAACCGUUAAGCUGUUUUCAGCCCAAUGUCAUGAAACCCAUUAUUGAAUUUAGUUCUUAAUAGGCUUAUAUAGUCACAUAAUAAUAUUGGGCUAAGUUACUUGGCCCAUUAAAUCAUUUCCCGUGGUAGGUUCCAGAAACAUAUCAUAAACCCUAGCAGAAACUCUUUCCUCUCUCGUCGUCUCAAAUCUCUUCUUCCUUCUUCUUCUCUCUCGAUUCAAGAUAAUCCACACGCAAAAAUGGGAAGCCAACAAGCGGCUGUUUCGUUCCUUUCCAAUUUGGCGAAGGCUGCUUUCGGUCUUGGAACGGCGGCGACGGUGCUGAAUACAUCGCUUUUCACCGUUGACGGCGGAGAAAGAGCUGUUAUCUUCGAUCGAUUCAGGGGAGUGAUGGAUCAGACUGUGGGUGAAGGGACUCAUUUCUUGAUCCCGAUUCUUCAGAGGCCUCACAUCUUCGAUAUCCGCACGAAGCCUCACACGUUCUCUUCAAUCUCUGGUACUAAGGAUCUCCAGAUGGUUAAUCUCACUCUUCGUGUUCUCUCUCGUCCUGAGGUGUCGCGUCUCCCGUACAUCUUCCAAACUUUGGGUCUAGAGUAUGACGAGAAGGUUCUUCCUUCGAUUGGAAAUGAGGUUUUGAAAGCUGUGGUUGCACAGUUCAACGCUGACCAGCUUCUCACUGAGCGUCCUCACGUCUCAGCACUUGUUCGGGAGUCACUAAUCACCCGUGCGAAGGACUUCAACAUUGUGCUUGAUGAUGUAGCUAUCACGCAUUUGUCCUAUGGUGUGGAGUUUUCAAGGGCUGUUGAGCAGAAACAAGUGGCUCAGCAAGAGGCAGAGAGGUCUAAGUUUGUUGUGAUGAAGGCUGAUCAAGAGAGGAGAGCUGCGGUUAUAAGAGCUGAAGGUGAAAGUGAAGCUGCUCAGUUGAUUUCUGAUGCUACGGCUAAAGCUGGUAUGGGACUUAUCGAGCUUAGGAGGAUUGAAGCUUCAAGGGAGAUUGCGUCUACACUUGCUAGGUCUCCUAAUGUGGCCUACUUACCCGGUGGCCAGAGCAUGCUCUUUGCCCUGAACCGUUGAUCUUGAUCAGAUAUGAUGGUUGUUUGGGAGCAUUUUGCGAUAUUUUAAUGAUCAAGUUGUGAAUCUGAUUGAAUCAAAAAGGUGAAAUGCUCUUUUGUUUUGAUGAACUCUGAAGAAGAAAAAGAAACUAGUUGUUUGAGUUGUCAUUAUUGUGUUCUGAAUCUCGGCAAAAUUUACUCUACCUGAAGAAUCUUUGUUUUCAGCAUCAUGUUUAUCUAAUUCUCAACAAAUAAAUGAUUUUGGCUGAACUGUAAGUAAUUUGUUUGUUACACAUGCGUGAGAAAAGAAAAUACAGAUGGUACCUAGGAGUGUUGUUCUAUGCGGAUAAACUAUGGUCACAUCUGGAUUAUCUAGAUGGUACCUAUUUUGCAUAAACUGUCGAUAGUCUACGUCAAAUUUCGAUCUGUAUGGACAUUCAAUUGUUUUUGCAUAAACAGAGCAAGUUCAGAAACAAAGCAAAUAAAGAAGAGAAAUCAUGAAAGAUAGCCUUUUCUAUCGAGAUCCAUUUUAUCCAUCGGUUUUAGUUUUUUUUUUUUUGGUCAUCUAAUGAUAAUGAUGACUAUGUAAAGACGGCGUCGGUUCCUAGACUCAACUUAUGUGUCUGUGUCAACAAACUCUAGAUGGAACUUAAUGUGUGUUUCAACCACCUCUAGAUUG